AUGACAAGAGAAAUUGGGGAGAUAAUUAACCCUGUCUACCAUAUUAGAGAAAUUGAGGGUCGUAGAGUCCAAUGGCCAAUAGGAGUUUCGCCAUACUACUCAGGUUGGUUGUCUUCUUUUAUGACCGCAGAAAGGGAUGCCACCGGAGGUCAAUGUCUCUACCCGUUGCACCGUUGUAAAACUCUUCACCUGGUAAGGCAUGCCCAAGGGAUUCACAACGUGGAAGGGGAGAAGGACCACAAUGCAUACUUAUCUUAUGAUCUUUUUGAUGCACACCUUACCCCUUUUGGCUGGAAGCAGGUUGAUAAUCUGCGUACGCAUGUUCAAGCAAGUGGACUUUCCAAAAGAAUUGAUUUAAUCAUUGUUUCCCCUUUGUUAAGGACUAUGCAAACAGCAGUUGGAGUCUUUGCUGGUGAAGCAUAUACAGAUGGGGUAAAUGUGCCUCCUGGCCCUCCUCUAAUUGUUGCAAAUACGGGGAACAGUGACCAUCCAGCAAUUUCAAGCCUAAAUUGCCCACCAUUUUUAGCAGUAGAGCUUUGCCGAGAAAGUUUGGGUGUUCGUCCAUGUGAUAAGAGAAGGAGCAUUAGGGAAUAUCGCCCUCUUUUUCCUGCAAUUGAUUUUUCACUGAUAGAAAGUGAUGAUGACAUUUUGUGGAAGACUGACAUUAGAGAGAAGAAUGAAGAAAUUUCUGCCAGGGGAAUGAAGUUUUUGAAAUGGUUGUGGACACGUGAAGAGAAGGAGAUUGCAAUCGUCACACACAGCGCAUUCUUGCUUCAUACCCUAAGUGCUUUCGGAAAUGAUUGUCAUCCGUAUGUGAAGAGUGAAAUAUGCGCACCUUUUGCGAAUUGUGAGCUUCGGUCAGUUGUCAUCAUUGAUAGGAGCCUGAAUGCAUCAGCUUCCUCAACGACUAACUAUCCUGGAAAAAUCUCUCAUGGACUUGAUCUUCCCAGUGAUGUUGCAACUGAGAAGCAUCCAGAGAAAUGAGUGACUAACUAACUCUAAGCCUAUAACUAUGCUCAUGUUGAAGAUAAAGAGACUGUUGAAGAUGAAGAAGCUCACGUAGUUUACAUUUGUAAAGCUUUUAAUUCUAGUGGUCAGAAAGAGUGAUGUUAAAUUUGUAACGUUUAGUAUUUGUAAAGUCUUUUAACUUUUGUAACGUUUAGCAUUUGUAAAGUCAUAUU